AUGAAGCGAAAGCCGAGCGCUGAGACCCAAUUUGGAAGUGCUGGAUCGCCUCCGAAGAAGCAGCCUCGACAGGACCCUGUUUCCUGCGAGUCCUGCCGGAGGAAGAAAUCCAAGUGUGAUAGGGGAUAUCCUUGCGGUAACUGUGCUAUGCGCAAGCUUGAAUGUCUUUAUAGUACCGGUGGCUCAGGGGUAAUGAAAUCCGGGAGCCACACAGAGGAGAGACCUACGUUGGACAACAUCAGGCUUGAGCCACCUCUAACUGUGCAACGAAGUAUCCGAAUUGACUCAGAAACGCAACAAAGCAAUCGAAACGAGCCUCUUUUGACGGCAGACUGGCUUGAGACUAUAGUCAUGGGGCAUCGUGUACCGAGCGCGAUUCCUGCCCCGUUGAGAGCAGAGCUCUCCCAAAAUCAACAAAGCGAGCAUUCAUCUCUACGCCAGAACACAGUUCCUGGCGUGCAAUCUGCUAUGAUUCGACGUGAUCCAAUAGCCGCGCGUGAGAAUCCAGCUACAGUUCAUCUGCCAUCAUAUCUGCCCCCGAAGGCCGAAGCGUUGAGCCUGUUUCGAUAUUACUGCAACUAUCUCGAUUUCCAGUACCAUCUUAUCAUACAAAGUCAGGUUGAACGACAAAUUGAAACGAUUUAUGAGCAAGUCGCCUGCAACGAGAGCAUAAACUUUGGUUACGCUGCCUUGCUGUUCAGUAUAGUUGCCUCGGCCAUCUACUACAAACUUUUGAUGGAAUCAUCAGAAUAUGCAGACCUCUGUAGCCAGGAGACAACAUUUCUAGCAGGAGCCGCGCUGAUUCAAGGCAAUUAUAUCGCGUAUCCGACCAUCGAAGGUCUACAGGCAACUAUGAUAAUUGGACAUUAUCUGUCCAACAUGAAUUUACCUCCUUCUGUGAGCUCAUUCUGUGUGCACAGGUCAUUUAUGAGCCAAGCAACCAGUAUGCGACUGCAUCUCGUGGAUUCAAGUCGAUCUGUAGAUGAACGCGCAGCAAAUGGAUCCGACAAAACCAAUGUUGAACUUAGGCGUCGGCUGUGGUGGGAUCUCGCCACGUACGACUGGCUAUUAGGUUUCCUUAGUGGUCCUCAGGAAGGGACAUACACCGUCCAACCCCAGCAUAUGAAAGUGCGGGAGCCGUUGAAUGUUGACGACAAGGACAUUGAACAUGCCGAGGCUGGGCUGCCUCUUUCCUCUCCGACCGACAUGUCCUAUAGUCUUUGUCGAAUGAGGUUGGCUGUUGUAUGCCGUCACAUAGUGGACGAAACCGCAGGAUACCAUCUGAAUGGACAAGAAGUACCAUACGAGAAGAUACUUGAGCUUGAUCGGGAACUUCACAAAGCUUGCGCUGGGAUUCCGAGCUUUUUCCGUUUCGAUCAAAUCUCCCGACGUGAAUUCGCGACGCUCUACCGCGAGCGCCCGACUUUAGCAUGGCAACGAUCCAUCGUUCAACAAGGCUAUCACUCCCGACUCUGUCGCUUGCAUCGCCACUAUUUCGUGCGUGGAUCCAAAGACCCUCGUUACUCCUAUUCUCAUGUAAUAUCGCUUCAAUCCGCUCGCAAGAUUCUUGAGGUCAAGCGCAUGAUGGAUGAACAAGAGCCCGUGUUUACUCCACAUAGUUCGAUGAUAUGGUCAGUCAUGCACCACGUUUUCAUGGCAGCUGUCAUUCUUCUGAUUGAUGUCUGCUUCAACUGGGACGAUAUACUGGCAGAAAAAAGGAAAGAGGAAGUCCUUGAUGCGUGUCGCAUGUUGAGUAGGGCACAACAAUCUUCACCAAUUGCCCGCGAAGGGAUAAGUGCGAUGAUGGACAUUUUGCGAAAACAUUGCAAGCAAGAAAAGAGGCCUAUUUCUAGUGGCUCACAUGCAGAUCCCCCUGCAUCUUCUAUCUCAAAUGUCACAGCAAAUUUUUCACAAGCGGAUCUUGUUACGGCUACUUCCCUGGGCCCAAAAAGAGUCUGUUUUGCCCCACAAGUCUCUGAUUGUCAACCGAUACUGCUGUCAGAAUCGGUUUCAGAUCCGUUGCCUCUAGAGGACAUGUGGACGGAGAUGCUUGAUGGCACCGCGUACACGGAGCUAGAAACACCGGACUGGACAGAUUUAUUGACCGAAUUGACAAACGUCACUAUGCCAUGUGAAUAA